AUGGGUAUACUAUUUACUCCAGAAAAUGAUGAUCCAUAUGCUAAUAUUUCAAGUCAUAAGGCAUUUACCCGUACGUAUCUUUCGACAGUUACUGCAGACUUUGGUGGGGACAACUUCCUGACAUGCCCACUUGGUAUACUUUUCACACUCGGUAUCCUGUUGGGCUCUGGUGGUGCUCAAGGUAGAACAGGUUAUCAAAUUGGAAAAACAAUGAGACUGAAAUCGACAUCUUCUUCAUGGAAUUCUUCGGAAGCUCAACAAGAAAUGAAAUCAUUAUAUCAAGAGCUUAAUAACUCGCUUACUUCAGAAAAAACAUUUCUAAAUGAGAAAGAAGAAAAUGUUGUUAGAAUAUCAACAGGCAUAUUUGUACAAAAAACGUACGAAGUUGAAAGACGUUUUACCGAAAGUAUUGCAAAUGAUUUUGAAGGAGAAUUGAAACAGGUGGAUUUUUCUAAUGGAACUAGUGCUACAGUUGAUAUCAAUGAUUGGGUUGAUCAACAGUCUAAUGGUUUAUUGGAGAAAUUCUUUACAGAUGAUAUUCCAGAUGAUACUGCGAUGAUACUGGUAAAUGUUUUCUACUUUAGAGACUUUUGGCAAAGUCCAUUUGAGCCUCAUUACACUAGAAAGGAGGAUUUUUAUAUUUCACCAGAUCGUCAAAUAACAGUUGAUAUGAUGACUCAAGAAGGGGUAAUGAAAUAUGGAAAAUUCGAAGAUGAAGGAUUUGAGAUCGUCAGUAAACCAUUAAAUAACACACGUUUCACAUUUGUUAUCGUGUUACCUCUUGAAAAGUGGUCGUUAAAUGGUGCCACAGAACUUUUGAAUGGCAAUAAAGUUUUAAGUGAAUACGUAAAGAAUUUGAAAGAAACUACAGUGUCAUUACGAUUACCGAAAUUCACAUUGAAAAAUACACUUGACCUUGUGCCAACAUUAAAGUCUAUCGGUGUUGUCGAUUUGUUUGAUCCAGUAAAAUCUGAUCUGUCAGGUAUCACACCUAAUCACAAUCUAUAUGUGAAUGAAUUUAUUCAAACAAAUGUAUUAAAAUUAAAUGAAAGUGGAAUUGAAGCAACCACUGUAACCUCACCUAUAUUUGUGCCUAUUUCAGCCAUUAUACCAGAAGUAGACUUUCAUGUAACUCAUCCAUUCAUAUGCUUUAUAUAUGAUCAACAAUUAACAAUGCCGAUAAUGGCAGCUAAAGUAAUGAAUCCAAUUUUACAAUCGUAG